AUGGUUCUCCCACAAGAUGCUGUAAUUCCAGAAGGAGAACAAGAUUACAUAGACUUCAAACAAGAAAACCCGGAAGUAAACGAAUUCUACAACAACCUACUGAAAAGUUUGGAAGUACAUGAUCUCGUGACCAUAACCUUGAACGAUUUAAUACUAGCAACUUUGAUGAUCGUCCUACACGUAUCCAUCAUUUUGGCUUUCUGGAAAUCCGAUAAACUCAGGGGCGAAAGACUGAACUUGUAUAUCCUGAAUCUUAGUUGCAUCGACUUGACAACUCAUAUCACACGUGUCAUUACUUAUGUUGACAGAAGCAUCGAGGAAUAUUUCAAUCUGACAUUGUACUGUUUGGAAAAAUCAGGGAUGGCGAUAUGUAAACUCUUGUACUUGAUCAUUACUUUAGCUUUGGCUCUAGAUUGGUGUGUGACUUGUCUGAGACCAAACUGGACUGCUAAUGUCCAAAAAUAUUGGAAAUACGGCAUCAUAGCUUUGUAUUUGUCUGUGUUCAUAGGUUUGAUAGAAAGAUGUAGGAUAUGUUUUGGUCCGGAGUACUGGAAUAUGCGCAACAUACAUUUGUUGAAGAAUUUAGCCUUCAUAAUGGAUUUCGUUUUAGUACUAGUGGUGAAUAUACUCGACAGAACUUUCAAAAUGCGAGCUACCCAUAUUGAAACUAGUCAUGUUUUGAAAACAGUUAACAUUAUCAUUAUGUCAUUUGUACCUUUGAUAGUGCACACAGUCUUAUCAUAUUAUUUCAGACCACAUCUGAUUGUGUCUGUUUUCUUGUAUUACACUAUCUUCCUUACUGAGAUGAUAAAUUAUUCUCAUUUUCUACUAGUAGCCUAUUGUCUGUGGACUCAAUGUGAAGAUUUCAGGUUAGCUCUAUCAAAGUUAUACAAACGGACUACGGGACCAUCGAAACUAGUAAAUGAGAGAGUGUUAUAUGAAGGUACUAGUACUAAUACCUAUAUCAGUGCAGAUUACUUUGAAGAUGACGAAGAUCAGAACCUCAUGAGCGCUGUAUGUGAGACAGAUGGUCAACUACAAAACGAUCACCAUGUAGAAAUAGAAUUUGAUAAUAUGUUCCGUACCAAGCUCUAA